AUGCUCUUUACGUAGUGAUUAUAUGCUCUUUGGAAUGUCACAACAAUCUUUGUGAAAUAUUUUUGAUAUUGUAAUUAUUGUUCAUAUAUUCGGUAGUGCUUCAUUGACCAAUAAUCCUAAAGCUUGCUAAUCGCCGUAAUCAAAAUGAUGCCCGGAAGGAUUGGUAAUUUGCCCUUAGCGGCUGAGAACCCUCUAGGAUUGUCUUGGCACGAUUCAACUUGGAUACCUUCGCUGAACCCAUCAAAUAUAAUGGACUAUUUUUCGGAAAGGUCUAACCCAUUUUUCGAUCGCACAUGUAACAAUGAAGUUGUUAAAAUGCAACGGCUUAGCAUGGACCAAUUGCAGUCUAUGACUGGGUUGGAAUACAUGCUUCUACAUGUUCAGGACCCAAUCUUAUAUGUUAUCCGAAAACAACAUAGACACAGUCCAAAUCAUGUCAUACCUCUUGCUGAUUACUACAUCAUUGCUGGCAUUGUUUAUCAGGCUCCUGACCUCGCCAGUGUACUUAAUUCUAGAUUGCUAUCUGCUGUCCACCACCUGCAAUGUUCCUUUGAAGAAACUAUGUCUUACUCAAGAUAUCAUCCCAGUAAAGGUUACUGGUGGGAUUUCAAGGCAAAUAAACCAGGUCUAAGCCCCUUUAAUGCUGGUUCAUCAGCACCCAAAGAAACAACAACAACUCCCAAAGAAGAGCCAUCAACUGUGUUCCAGCGGCAGCGAGUGGACAUGCUAUUAGCAGAGCUAGUGCGGCAGUUUCCACUACCUGUUGCCCAAGUGGCUCAUAAUCAGGCAAAUGGAGUAAAGACAGAAAAUACAAAUGACAAAGACAAGCCAUCAGAAACCAACAAUGUCAAUAACAUUACUAUAAAGCAGGAGCCUGUUGACCCUAGUGGAUCAGACAUGACCAAUGGGGCCAUCCAAGGACAUGUGGACAUCAAGCAAGAAAUCAAGCAAGAGAACAUGAAACCUCCUCCAGAGAAGAAGCCCAGAGUGUGAUUGUACUCUUAGAGCACUGAACUAGUUAACCUUUUGAAUGCCCCUAUCGCACGUGGGGCGUAAUCAUCAACCUUGACGGUCCGCAUGUAGGUUGAUAUUGGGCUGUAGCCGCGCGCGUCAUAUGACGUCUUUGGCGGUCAAAAGGUUAAUAAAGUAAAUCGGAAAUGUUCAAGAGCUACAAUUUUGAAAGACCAACAGCAUAGGAUAAUUAUUUUAAGAUUGUAAAUGAAAUUACCAUUUUGAUUUAUGUUACGUUAUUAGAUUUUGUAUUAUUUAAAUAGAGAUCAUUCUUUUCUUUU